AUGGGGAAGGACUUGGCAGUUCGCACUCUGCGAGAGAUCACCAUUUCACUUAAUCCUGAUGUUAUCUUCCUAUCUGAAAUCCAUCAGCAAAGAGAUUAUAUAGAGGAUCUUAGAACUAACAUGGGCUAUCACCAUUCUUUCUAUGUGGAUCCGAUUUAUACUGCUGGAGAUGUGGGUUUCAAGGGCCAAGCGUACACUUGGGCUCGAAAGGAAAAUGGAGUUAUCAUGCUACACGGGAGACUUAAUCGAUCUCUGGUUAAUGAAGAUUGGCUGGUUCUAUGGCCAAACUCAUCUCUCACCCAUUUGACUCGUAUUGGGUCAGAUCAUAACCCUUUACUUUUCAGCACAAAGCCUACUAUUCGGAAGGGGAAGCCCACUUUCCGUUUUGAGUCCACAUGGGCUGAGGAGAUGGAUGCUGAGCUCAUUGUUAAAGAUUGCUGGACUGAUAAUCCAGCCCUUUCAAACAUGGAAAAUUUGGUAUCUAAUCUGAAGAAGUGUAAAUCUUAUUUCUCUAGUUUGAGAAAAAAGAAAUAUCCCAAGUGUAAUAGGGAACUCAUCAAAGAAUGCCUAUUGGAAUUGGAUGCGAUCCAAACUUGCAAUCAUAUUAUUAGCUCUGAUCGACAACUGGAGCUUGAGUCAUCUAUUAAUACUCUAUGGAUUAGGGAGGAGAAUGGUGAGGAUGGAAUUCGGUGUGAGUUUGAGAGCCAGUUCCAGAAUAUUUUUACUACUGCUUGUUCUAGAUCAUGGGGUCAUGCCCUAACUGGGAUUUCUAGUUUUGUCACUCCGAGAAUGAAUUCUGAUCUAUUAGCUAGUAUUUCUCUUGAUGAAAUUAGUGCUGCUACUCAUCAACUUGGUGCUCUAAAGGCCCCUGGCCCAGACGGUUUUCUAGGACUUUUCUAUCAUAAGUACUGGAAUAUUGUACAAAAGGUGGUUUGGCAGACAUCUCAUGAUUUCAUCAAUGGCAAUGCUUGCUUAAAGGAGUUAAAUAGAACACAUAUUGUUCUCAUCCCCAAGGUUCCCUCCCCGAAAAUGACUGGUCAUUUUCGACCAAUUAGUCUAUGUAAUAACUCCUACAAGAUCGUAUCCAAGGUGUUGGCUAACCGCUUGAAGUUGAUUCUCCCCUCUCUCAUCUAUGAAAACCGUAAUGCCUUUGUGCCUGGCCGGCUUAUUCAAGAUAACAUCCUACUUGCACAUGAGGCUUAUUAUUAUCUAAAGCUAAAAAGGGAAGGUCGUAACCACGAGUUCGGUCUUAAACUUGAUAUGAACAAGGCCUACGACAAAAUUGAGCGAGAUUUUUUGGAGGCUACACUUUUUCAUUUUGGCUUUGAUGUUCGAUGGAUUAUGUUGGUUAUGUCUUGUGUAAGGACUGUCUCUUUUUCUAUUGUAUUGAAUGGCAAGCCGAGAUCUUUCUUUAAGUCUACAAGGGGAUUGAGGCAGGGGGAUCCUCUCUCCCCUUACAUUUUUCUAUUAGGUACUCUUAAAAAUUGUAAAAGUCUAGCACAGAUUCUCAAUGAAUAUUGUACAACCUCUGGACAGAUGAUUAAUAGGGAGAAGUCUAGCAUCUAUUUUUCCCCAAACACCCCAAGACAGAUGGCUUUCCUAAUGGGUGAACUUCUUAGCUUUAAGAAGGUUUACAAUCCGGGAAUUUAUUUGGGAAUGCCUUCCUUAUGGGGUAGAUCAAAACGUGUGGCUCUUUCUUUUAUUAAAGAGAGAAUACACGAGAAAAUAGAUGGAUGGAAGCAAACAAAUCUUACUUUGGCUGGGAAAGAGAUACUUAUCAAAUCAGUGGCAUUUUUCGUUCCUUCAUUCCCCAUGAGUUGCUUUAAACUUCCAGUAGGGACCUUUUCAGAGAUGGGACAAUUUAAUCUUGCUCUUAUUGCUAAACAAUGUUGGCGGAUCAUACAAGAGCCAGAUUCUAUGUGGGUUCGUGUUUUGAAGGGCCGUUAUUUUGCUCUUUUUUGGAGGCUAAGAAGGGCUACAGAGCUUCAUGGGGCUGGUCCAGCCUUUUGGAAGCAAGGGAUGUGUGUUAUGAAGGAAGGGUUUUCGCAAGUCAACAUUGGCAAAUCUAUUAACAUUUGGAAGGAUCCAUGGCUCCCUCCUCCCAAUAUAUCCAUGAUCAGUACUACUGUCCCUAUUCUUGAUCACUCCCCUACAUCUGUUAGCUCACUGAUUGAUUGGAAUACUAGAUCAUGGGAUCUAAGGAAAAUUGAGCAUUUUGUCCACCCACUUGAUCUUGCUCGUAUCUCAUCUAUGCCUAUUGGUGUCCAGGGAGGUGAUGGCAGGUUUCUUUGGUCAAAAAACAAGAAUGGUCACUUCUCAGUUGCUUCUGCCUACCAUUGGCUUCAUGAACUUAACUCUUCCUAUUCAUUGACUCGUACUAGCACUUCUCAUGUUAUUGACAGUAAGAUAUGGAAAGCAGUAUGGAAAAUUAAUACCUUGCCUAAGAUUUGCAUGUUCAUGUGGAGAAUUUUUGUGGGCACUGCCCCAUCAAUGCAACACCUACACUCCAGAAUGAUUUUAUCUAGCCAUGUGUGUCCUUUGUGUGUUACUGCUGACGAAUCUCUUGAACAUAUCCUUCUACUGUGCCCAUGGGUGGACGGAGUAUGGUUUGCAUCUCUACUAGGUUUCAUCAUUGACAAGCAAAGAGUAACUACUUUUGAUCGGUGGUUAUUCGCCAUCAUACAAUCUAGCAACAUGAAGGAUAUUCCUUACCUUCUCACCAUGAUCAGCUCUUUGUGUUGGAUGAUUUGGAAGGACCGUUGUCUUUUUGUGUACCAAAAGAAAACACCUGACCCUAUUUUCACAAUGAGAUCUGUUAUCUCGUUGAUUAGUGAGUUUACUGCUGCUUCUCUGUACUCUGGGAAGAGAUUGAGCAUCCCUCCCAUUUGGACACCUCCAUGUCCUGGAAGUUUUAAAAUCAAUGUCAAUGCGUCAUCGGUGUUAUUAUCAGUGAUUCAACUUGUGCUGUUGUUGAGGAGAUUAGCUUUAAGAUGUUAG